AUGAACAGUGCAAACAUAAAAGACGUCAGAGGUUACUUCUCCGUAAGGCUAAGUCUCUUCACGGUUUUUAAGGGUGGACAUGGGAGUGAUGUCCGAGGGAAGCGGCUACGUAGUCAUGGGCACAAGGACUGUGGUGUCGCCCCCGGGGAAGAGGCCUCUUCCCCCCCGAGUGAAGAGGAUAACGAUAGCGCCGCUAACUCCGCAAACAGCGAUAACACGGGGAGUCCCCCCAGCUGGGGGGACAAAACGGCGUUGCUGCGCAAAAUGCAGAGGCUGGAAAAAUUCAAGUACCUCCAGAGGAAGAGGAAAAGGAAGCAUCUGAGCUUGACAGCGGAUGGCAAGGAAAGACUUCGCCCAGGAAAGGGGGAAUCGAAAAGGAGAAUGCCCCCCAUUCAUUGCAAAGGAGCUACCGCCACUGUGUGGGCAGGCUCAACAGGCGCUGUAGACUACAAGUCCAAUCGCAAUAGAAGAAGAAAACGUCCAGGUGAUAAGUAUGCCGACGAGGAGAAAAUCCUCAGUGAUGAAUAUGAAGCUAUUUGCUAUCUUCUUAUGGACAACGAGUUUUAUAGCCACCCGGUCCGCGUCAGCUGUGGAGGCUUUCGCAGAAGGGAAAGACAAAGUGCCAGCCAACUUAGUAACAAGGGGGUGAACCAUUUGGGGGAUGACUGGGGGAUGUCCACACGCAUAAAAAAGGACGAGUGGAAAAAUGAUGAUCAUCGAAUUGCCGAGGAUCUGGCACAGAUGUUGCCUACGUCCGAUAGAAACAGUUCCGAGACAGAGAAAAGAAAGAAAGGGGAAGGUGAACUAUUUUGUGAAAAUCCAGUGGGGGGUAAUAAUCUUUCCAGUGGAGGAGAGCCCCCCGCAGGUGCCGCACCUACAUGUGACAGUAACUGUGAUGACCACUUUGAUGACUCCUGGGAGGAGGACUCCACGAUGAUGCCCAGAAACAGAAAAGCCAAAGCGAUAAGAAGGAACCUGCACACAAUCAAUCGAACUGUGAAGUAUCCUAUUAGGCUGUGCCAGCUGAGUCCUGACAGCUACUUAUUUUUUCUCAUCCAACAUAGGAAAAAAAAAGAUCGGAAGUUUUUCUCCUACUGUAGGGUGUUUUCCCCCAGUGGUGUCAUUAAACAGGGACUUCAAAUUAGAAAGUUGUACCAUCUUGGAAGGAAGGAAAAAAUUGAGGACGUCAUCACCUUUGCGUUGAGGAGGAAAAUUGCACAUGUCGAUGAUAACAGUUGUAUAUGGGGUAUUCCCUACCAGGGGAUAAUUUCCUUCUUGAAAGAAAACUGUGUUUAUCGCGAUUUGUUAUGUUUGUACCGUCACUCGAGGAAAGGAAGUGUGCACAGGAGGGGGUUCCCCUGUGGAGGAGGAAUUAUAGAAAAUGUUCCAAGUGAAGCCUCCUCAGAAAGGGGCAGUCAUCAUAGUAUGCUCCCCUUAAUAGAGGAGAAAAAGGAACGACAUGUUCGUAAAAGUGUGUACGAGGCUGAUAGGAUGGGCAGCCCAGACGACGCACUGGUAGGUACCACCCCCCCGCGUAGUACCAGACGACACGACCAGUUUAUAUGCCCCAUAACAGCGGGAAACCCUCGCCGCUGCCAGAGAAGUGACACCUUCUAUCAAUCGAUGAAACGGUUCAGUCGCAUCGAACGUUACGUACGUUCAGUAAGGAAAAUUUUCUUCGGAUGGGGCGCCCCAGUGGAGAAUUACGUCCUUGCGGGGAGGACAACCUGCCAAGCGGGGGAUCACCGCGAAGUGACGGAAGAAAACGUGAAAGGGGGACAUGACGGCGGUCUCACCUGGGGGGAGACCCCCAUGCAGGAACAACAACGAGAGCACAAAGGUUGUGUUGCCGUUCGUGUGACCAACCUUGGGGAUAAAAAAAAAAAAAAAAAAAUUAUGGCCAGUCAGGUAAAACGAUUGCUGAGGAAGGUACGCCAGUACAAAGGGGAAUUGUUCUGCGCUGGGGCAAGGACACAUCAUAAAUGUGGCCAGCCUGGUCAGCUCCUUGAGGAGACCGUGCCGAAGCAGAACCGCGUGGCGACAUCCCUAAGGCGAAUAUCAGACAUGUACGCCCAGUGGAAGAAAAAGGAGGAGAGGCACAUCGCCGGGUUCCUUUUUUUUCACUUUUUUUUUUUUAACAAACGUUGCGUGUACUAUGGCGACAAGAGGGGUGGGAACGAUCAGGAGGGAAGAAGCAACCGGGGGGAGUCUUGUCCGACCAGUUGCUACCCCGAUAGUCGCGAUGACCUCCAUUAUCGAAGUAGCUGGUUUUUCAAUUCCUUCGACUACGUGGGCGAGGUGGAUGGCGCGCCGGGCGGGGGCACCAGUUCGAUUGCGCGGGCCUUCCUGAAAAGGGUGAAGCGACCGCUCAGAAGGGGAGAAGACACACUACAGAGGGACGAAGCUCUGCAGGGGGAAGAACCACUCCAAGAGAACCAAAUCCCCGAUGUGGGAGCAGUGCAGGGGAAAAACCCGGGGAAGGAAAAAAAGCGAAACGACAUAUUCGAGCAUAUGAACAGGUACGCAAGUCGCAUCAGCAAAAACAUCCACCUGGCGAACAGAAGCAGAUACGAUGAUUACCCGUUUGACUUUUCUCUCCAGAAAGGGGAAGGCGGGUGGCACGGCACACCCGACGCAGCUCCAGCGAUGGAGGAAAUAAAAACGAUAAACACCAUUUUGAACACGCCACUGAUUAAGCUAAAUGAGGUGGAGAAAAAGUGCCUGUGGAAGUUCCGCCUGCAGCUAGUGAACAGGGAAGAAGCCUUGGGUAAAUUCCUCAAGAGCGUCAAUUGGGACAACCAGCAAGAGAAGGAAGAAGCCACGCAGCUGAUAAACUACUGGUCGAAGCCAUCUUUGGAAAACUGUCUUGAAUUGUUGAAUUCGUACCUACAACGUACAGUAAUUAAGAAGUACGUGAUGCAGAUAAUUGCUCAGGCGAAAAAGGAUCAACUGAAAUUAUAUCUAUUCCAGCUGGUGCAAAGUCUUCGAGUUUUUAACCACGAACCGAUUGACGAUCUGUUUAUGGAGACCUUAAUUAACAAAUGUAUCACGUCGAAGAAGCUCUCCAUUUUUCUCCACUGGUUUUUGUUAAGCGAGACCAAAGACAAGUGCAAAGGGAAUCUCUACAUUCAUAUUCACAAGCUGUUUAUUACCAAAUUAAUGACGUCAAACUUGAGAAAGAAGAGAAAGAUUUUGUCUAUCCUGAAAAAUCAGAAUCGAUUUAGGAACCAGUUGUUGUACCUCACUAAAAUUGCCAAGAGGAAGUCCGAGCGGAUCCAUAACAAAACGAAGAAGCUGAGACAGUUUCUCUUUUGCUACCGCCAGAAGUACGGCUGCGUUGUCAUUAAAGACUUCAUAAAGAAUAACAUCUUCGUGUCGGACAACGAGGUCUACGACUUUGUCUCUCCACGGGGUGCAACCCCAGAAGAAGCAGAAACAGAAGCAGACGCAGAAUCAGAAGCAGAAGGAGACGUCCUUGUAGCGCAACACGCGCGCGAGGAGGAUGCCGACGCUGACGCUAACGCGGACGCCAAUUCGAUGCACCACCAGAGUGACGUGCGCAACUCCGUGUACUACCUAAACGGCGAGCUGAGCAUCCGCGCAGAUCCGGGGGCAGACGCCUACUGCUUCCAGUACCAGCCCCCGGGUGCGCAAACCGCGGAGGGAGCGCUGCCCGCCGCGCACAGGUCAAUCUCGGACGUCAGCACGGAGGACAGCAAAACUGUCAACUACAUAGAUGACUCCAAAGGGGCCCCUAGCGAGAGAAACAGAGAUACCUCCUUCUUCUCAAACCUCCUGCAGCUAAAUGAAAAUUUCGACUUCUUCCUCAGCGCGACGUACAGCGACGAGGACAACAACAUUGACAUCCUGGAUGAUUCCAUAAGUCUCGUCAGGAAGCAGAAGAUAAAGCGAAUCAAAGCUCCCCUAAUUCUCCCCAUCGACCCAGACAUAGAAUUCUUGACCUUUCUACCUGAACAGUCAUACGUUUUGCGAUCCUCUCUUUACCCCAUUGUAAUAGCUUGCCUGGUCAGAAAAAAAAUUAAAUUGGCACAUGAACAUUUCCACAAUUUGAUAAUCAAUGAGCAGAAAUAUUUGAAAAAAAAUGUGAAAAAAAAAAAAAACUAUUCCAUGUACCAUUCGUUCAACUCUAAGUUCUUAAAAUCUCUGUAUAGCUCCUUUGACUGUGCAUCUGAUUUUGAGCGUCACUACCAGAAAGUGAAGUGGGAAGGCAAAAACAUCUUUUAUAAUGGUAGAAAGGUGGAGAAAGUGGGGUUGCAAAAAUGGGUCUCUCCUGAAAGUGAAGAGUGUCCAGGCGCAGAGUCUCCAGGCGUAGACUCUCCAAACGCAGACACCCCAAGCUCCGCAGUGGUGAUCCACCACGAGUCGGAAAGUAACUCACACAGUAACCAACGCGUAAAGAAAUACAACGAGAUAUACGAACUCUCCAUUAAAAAGUACAUUUACAAAGCGGGGGAUGACUUGAGACAAGACCAUCUGGUCAUACAGAUAAUAUGCAUCAUUGACAACAUAUGGAAACGGUAUGGACUCGAUCUGAAGUUAACUCUUUACAAAGUUCUUGCCCUCUCCACAGAUGAUGGAUUUAUCGAAUUCGUUAACUACGCAGAAUCUAUUUCUUCUAUUAAAAAGAAUUAUAAGGGAGAAAUUAGGCAGUACUUCAUGGACAAGAGCACCGAUCCGAAGUCUCCCCUUGGAUUUGAUGCCAGCAUUUUGGAAAACUUCAUCUCGAGUUGUGCAGGAUAUAGUGUCAUCACCUACCUACUUGGAAUAGGAGAUCGACAUUUAGACAACCUCAUGGUUUCACGAGAUGGAUGUUUUUUCCACAUUGACUUUGGGUACAUACUCGGAGAAGACCCCAAGCCGUUUUCUCCCCCCAUGAAAUUGUGCAAAGAAAUGAUCGAGGCGAUGGGUGGAGCCCAUAGUGUCGGUUAUGAACAGUUUUUGAAGAAGUGCUGUCUGGCGUAUAAGUACCUGCGCUACCACUCCAAGUUAAUCAUUAGCCUUCUCGACUGCAUGUGCGAGUCUGGAUUGAAGGACAUGAAAAUGAGCCCCGAGUUGUGCGUGCUGAAGGUUCAGGAAAAGUUCAGACUGGAUUUAAACGACGAGGCUGCGGAGGUUUACUUCUUGAGUGUCAUCAACGCCUCCGUCAAGACGCUCUUCCCCGUCGUGGUGGACAAGCUGCACGAGUGGGCCCUCAACUGGAAGUGA